AUGGAGGUUUUUCUGUGGGAAUGCUUGGUGUCUUUGCUGCCGUCUGUGGUGUUUGUGCUGCUGUCUGUGGCCCUGCACUGGCCCACAGUCCGAUACUGGUUGGGGUUGCUUGUCAGGGAUGCAGGCUGGAGCCUCUGGAUCAUAAUGUGCCUGCUCUUGAAACUGCCACUGCACAGACGUUCUGAAACAUUGACCAAGCAGGUCAGUUCAGCUGGGACAGACAUUUGGCCUCACGUGUCAGAGAGCCCAACGCUGAUCUGUAAAUCCACGGCGCUGGCCAGCUACCUGCUGCAACACUGUGGCUCACUGACUUUGCCCAAAUUGUCUCCUGGUUGGCCCACAGGAGACCCACACCUCCAGACUCUAAGCAGUCUGCUGUGGGGACACAAAGAAGACUCAGUGCAGUUCAGCAGAGACCACCUGUUGCUGAGCGAUGGGGGGAUUGUGGCUCUGGACUGGGCUGUGGGGACACAGACGAGUGAGGCUUUUGGGAGGAAGAGGUGGGAUGGGAGGAAGGAGCACCACUCAGGGGGAAAGACGUUGGGCUGUUUCUCCUCCACACCGCCUGUCCUCCUCCUCAUCCCUCAGGUGUGGGGAGGGAUGACGCUGCACCUUAAAGCGCUGUCCCGUGUGGCCCUACAGCAAGGCUUCUAUGUGGUUGUGUUUCACCCACGAGGCACAGCAGGGUGCCCGCUGACCACGGCACGCCUGACCGAGUUUGGAGACCCAGCUGACCUAGAGCAGGCGGUGGCAUACAUCCACAGCCGUCACCCGUCCUCUGUGCUGCUCGCAGUUAGUGAGGGAUCUGGCUCAGGGAUUCUGCUCUCCUACUUGGGGGAGUGUGGGUCCAGUUCACACUUGACAGCAGCUGCAGCCAUCUCGCCGGUGCUCCUGGGCCAGCUGUGGUUUGAAAUGGAUAUGCCUCCUCUGUAUCACUGGGGGGCCCUAUUUUUCAGGAAACAGCAGCUAAGGAGAUAUGCAAGUUCCUUCAGCGAGUUCCUAGAUGUGGAUCGGGCCCUCAACUGCUCCUCCCUCAGAGACUUUGAGGAAAUUCUUUUCUGUUCUUCAGUCCAGUCUCAGCGCAGCACUGCUGGACCUACAACAAACUUAUUCACUUCUGCGGGAGUAGACCCUGGAUUGAGUUCAGCACCUCCUUCUCCACAGGGCCUGAAGCCCUCAGUCACCCGGGUGCUGGUUGAGAGGGCAUACUCAGCCAAUAAUUGGUCUGAUUACUGGGAGAGGAAUGAACCGCUGAGAGAAGCGGAUGAGGUGGCGGUCCCUGUGCUCUGUAUCUGUAGCCAUGAUGACCCUAUCCUGCCACCUGCCUCCACUUUACCCCUUAACCUUUUCCAGAACAAUCCUUACUUCCUCCUGCUCAUGACAGACAGAGGAGGACAUUGCGGGUUCACUAUGGAGGACCAGAAAGAACGAGAAGGAAUGGAGCAUGAGCCGAGUAACUGGAGUCAUGUAACAGUUCUGGAGUAUUUCAAAGUAGUAGCUGAUUUCCUAAAAGCAGAGGAUGCUGCAAGGUGGGGAAGUUCAAUGGGAGAAUAUAGCCAGGUGAUGCAAAGGACCAGGAGCAGCCCCACGGAUGCUCUUCGCAGGAGGAGAGCCACUGUGAUGAAGAGACCAAGGCUACAGAGACUCAAACAAAUCUGCACAGAGUCGGAGAAUGAACACUUCACUUGGAAGAGAUCAUACACACGUUAAUUAUCAUCAGGUUUUCAAACUUUUGUCCACCCUUGAAAUAAUCAUGCACAUCUAAAGCUUCCAUUAAGAAAAAUAACCACAUUUAGUCUUACAAUUGUGAUACUUAAAUUGUUUUUCUGUUACUGGAGCAAU